CUAGGGAGCCCGCGGGAUAUUCUGCCACACGCUGCUGACUCCAGAGCCUAGGACCUGGGCCCGUGAGACCUCAGCUAUGGUGGGCCCUCGGCACCCAGUGUCAGUCCGUGCAGCAGCUCUGGUGCAGAUAGAGAAGCUCCAAAUGUUCGCCUUCUGUGUGAGCUGGUCGGAUGACAGCAACACCUUGGUGCGGAGGAGCUGGGACGAGUUUAAGAGGCUCCAUAAGAUCCUCAAGGAGACCUUCCCGGUGGAGGCAGGCCUGCUGCGGAGAUCCGACCGAGUUCUCCCCAAACUUCCAGACGCAUCUACAUCACUGUUGGCGCGUGGGGGCCGCAAAGGCCGUGGCCUGGCGCGCCUGCAGUUGCUGGAGGCCUAUUCUCGGGCGCUGCUGGAGGCAGAGCAAGUAUCCAGGGGGCCGGUGCUCACCGCCUUCUUCGAGCCACAGCUCCAGGACCUGGAGCCUUCACUACCGCUUGGCAGCCUGGUGAUCCUGCCCGUCCUGGAAGAGCCCCCACCCCGCCCUGUGGGCAGUCUUGCUAUAGGCAGCCUGGAGGCUCUGCGCCUGCACUGUCUGCAGCCCUUCAGUACCCAGGAUACACGGGGCCAACCCUUCCAUGCACAGGCCCAGGAGGCCCUAGACGUGCUGCUGCGACACCCCUCAGGUUGGUGGCUGGUGGCUAAUGAAGACCAGCAGACAGCAUGGUUUCCUGCUCCCUACUUGGAGGAGGUGGCCCUGGGCCAAGGCCAAGACGGGAGACAGCCCUUAGGGAGGAGUGGCUCCCAGUUCUGUGCUUCCCAAGCCUACGAGGGCUGCCGGCCCGAUGAGCUGUCAGUGCCUGCGGGGGCAAGAGUGCACGUGCUGGAAAUGUCCGACCGCGGCUGGUGGCUGUGCAGGUUCGGUGGCCGCACAGGCCUUCUCCCCUCUGUGUUACUGCAGCCAGAUGGGCUCGGCAAGCUCCUGAAUGGACCAGGGUUCCCUUCUGGGGCAGAGGGUGGAGAGAACAGGGCGGGGGAGGCCCAAAGCUCCCCUGAGUCCCCCCAGGUCAUGACACUUCCUCCUACUGUGCCAGCCCGCCCGCUGCUGAGUGCCAUUCAGAGCCGCUGCUGCACCAUCACCCGUAGGGCACUGGGGAGGGACCCACGGAGUCAGGGACAUCCUUGAGGGUGUGUGGAACCACAUGGAGAGUGCUGUGUACCCCACAGCUGGGGCGGCAGGCCAGAGGCUCCACACCCCGGGGAUGACUGAUGGCAGCCACACCGCCCCCAGGGCGGGGGGAGGGUGGGGUUCUCUGGCUGGCAGGGCCAGGAAGCUACACUCUCCCAUUUCCUCUGAGUGAAGGUCUGA